AUGUUGUUGCGUGAGUUAUCUAAACUUCCUCAAACAACUAGUGAUUUUCAGUAUUUGAAAAGUUUGGAAAUUAGUCAUAUUCCCUUGCUUGUUUGGGAAAGGAAGCAAGAUUGUGGAGCUAUUGGUGUUGUCACUAGGGUUAUUCCAGACGAUGCUUUCAACAAAUGGGCUAUCAAUUUGCUUUUGAGCACCAGCAAAAUCAUGUAUCCACCUUCAGAAUUCUCUCACCAGAUAUACACAGACAUUAUUGUUGAAUUAUUUGAAACCAUGCUUAAAAAUACUGCAGCAAAAGAUAAAUGGGAAGAAGAAGGGGAAUCAUAUUUUAAAACUAAAGUUGACUUCUAUACCUCCAAAGGACUCAAAAUUGAGGCGGUUUUACCAGCAUUUCCCUGCAAGUCUUCUAAUCCAGAUAAAGUUAGUGGUUAUAUGCCUGAUAAGGGAGAAGAAAUGGCUUUGAGAACAUUGUGUGACUUUGCGAGUGCUGUUAAAAAAGUGUAUCCUCCUGGUAUUUUGAUUUGGAUCGUGAGUGAUGGUCAUGUUUUCAGUGACUGUAUUGGUGUUGACGAUUUAACUGUGAAUGCUUUCGGUUUCCUGUUGAAAGAAUUGUAUCAUCGAAUUAACACCAGUGGUGAAGAGAUGAUUAGAUUCUGCUCUUUGAUUGACUUAUUUAAUUUGCACAAUAAGCCAGUAGAUGAAGAAAUUUUAGAUGAAAUUCACCUAAGCCAUCACAUUGCUACUGAAAUCGAUCCUACUUCUGAAAAUUGCAGAAAGAUCUUGAUGAAAAGUUGUGAUACUGAUUGGGGGCAGUUGAAAGAAGACAUCAAUACUCCCAACCACCCUCGGUUAUUCUUGUUCAGGGGGUUCUCCAAGUUCAUGGAAGAGGAUUUAAAGCAGCACCCAACAAUCAUCGCUGCAUCGAAGAAGAAGCUGAAAAAAAUAGUAGCUAAAAUUGCAUUUGAAAUGAUCAAAAGGAAUGAUGCCUACUCUAACUUAAUGGAGUUGAUUUUCCCAAUGCACUUGAGGUUUUCUAUUCAUGCUCAUACGAAUUCGGGGCCAAAAUAUGGUAUCAAGCUUUUGAGUAACAAGCACUGCAGAGUGAUCAAUUCGCUUGAAGAGUGCUCAAGCCCCAACUAUGAUGAUCUUUUGCAUAUUCCCACACCUUGGCACAAUACCGUUUUGAAGAUUGAGGGAGACUCUAUGUACUACGUCACCAAAACUAAUAAUAUUAUGAAGGCUAUACAGGAAGGAACAUACACAGGUGGGUGGGACAAAAAAAGCGGAUGUUUUGAGCUCAAGGCAAGAAGUACUGCCUAA